GCCUAUGCUGUGGGAUCCCCCAGUUGUACCAAUUACCAGGCAGGGCAGCGACCCCUGUGUAUGAGCAGUGCCAAUCUACUUCUGCUCCUGAGUGCAAGCUCUGCUGCUACACGGGAUUCCGCCUGCAGCUCUGCACUUUCCAUUCAUUCAUUGUAGCAGGGCGUGUUGGAGGUGUGACCAAUCAGCAUCCAGACUCCCCCCAUCUGCUGAUGUAUCACAUGACCCUACACAUGCCUUUUAAUCUACUGCCACCUUACAACUACUCAUUCAAUCGCUGCAUCUCCCCGACCAGCAAUCGCUUUUAUCCAUCUUGUGACCCUGCUGCUUUUAUUUAUUGAGCCUCUCAAGUCCUUGUCCUUUUUACAUUCACUUUUAGCCCAGAAAAAAGUAUUUUAUAACUGCGUCUCCGCUAAUAGAAUCGCCGUCGGUCGUUGCUUUGCGUUUGGGGGGUGGGCAAGAAAUGAGCAUCUCGUUUGGAUUGUUGUGGAUAUGUUUAGUGUCCGUGGUGAGAUUGGGGCAGACGUCGCAGCUUGCUGAGGAGGGACUCCUGAAAGAUGACACCAUUGCAAACUUGCUUUCGGACGAGAAUGAUGUUGCGCCAGACCCACACCCCCACGUUAAGUUUAACUCCCAUUUCUCCAAACAUGACAGUGGGUGCUUUCUUAUUCCUGGCCAGGACGAAUGCUUGGGCAACUGCAGCUAUAACACGACUGCAAAGACCUUCAUUGUUAUCCAUGGAUGGAGUAUGAGUGGCCUGUUCGAGAACUGGUUGCACCAGCUUGUAGAAGCCCUGCAGGAGAGAGAGCAGUAUGCCAAUGUCAUUGUUGUGGAUUGGAUGAAUCUGGCGCAUCAACUCUAUCCUGAUGCUGUGAAUAACACCAUGCUGGUUGGAAAGGACAUUGCUGUGCUUAUCGACUGGUUACAGGACAAGGCAAACCUCUCCCUUGAAAACGUUCAUCUCAUUGGCUACAGUCUCGGUGCGCACGUUGCUGGCUACGCGGGGAACUUUGUCACUGGAAGAAUCGGCCGUAUAACAGGUCUGGAUCCAGCAGGACCCAUGUUUGAAGGAGCAGAGGCCCACAAGCGUCUUUCUCCAGAUGAUGCAGAUUUUGUAGAUGUUCUCCAUACUUACACAAGGGAAGCUCUAUGGGUCAGCAUUGGAAUUCAGAUGCCUAUUGGGCACAUUGAUAUCUAUCCCAAUGGUGGAGACUUUCAACCCGGCUGUGGACUGAGUGAUGUUCUUGGGGCAAUCGCAUAUGGCAGCAUCGGCGAAGCAGUAAAGUGUGAACAUGAGAGAUCCGUGCACUUGUUUGUGGAUUCCCUCAUUCAUAAGGACCAAGAGAGCUUCGCUUUCCAGUGCACCGACUCCGACCGCUUCAAGAAGGGCAUUUGCCUCAGCUGUCGCAAGAACAGAUGCAACGCCAUUGGUUAUAAUUCUAAAAGAAUGAGGAGCAAACGCAACAGCAAGAUGUUCCUGAAAACCCGGGCACAGAUGCCAUACAAAGUUUUCCAUUAUCAGAUGAAAAUGCAUAUUUUCAAUUACAAAAGUGCACUGGAAUCCGAGCCCACCUUCUCUGUGAAUCUUAUGGGAACCUUGAAUGAUUCUGCCCCUCUACCUCUUGCAGUUCCUGGGGAGAUCGGAUACAAUUUUACAAACACAUUCCUGGUUUAUACAGAAGAAAACAUUGGGGAUCUCUUAAAGAUCCAUCUGAAGUGGGAAGGAACCAAACAGUCCUGGUAUUCAUUUUGGAACUCGUUCCAGAGCUAUUGGGCCAAGAAUGACGUUAUUGACAAAGAACUCCAUAUCCGCCGCAUCCGAGUGAAAUCCGGGGAGACCCAGCAAAAGUUUACGUUCUGUCUUGAAAAUCCGGAAUCAACCCUUCUAACGCCUGGCAGUGAACUUGUGUUUGUCAAGUGUAGAGACGGUUGGGAAGUCAAACCACGUAAGCGGGUGAACCUGUAACAUAACCAGCAAGGGCGCGGUGUCUCCUGCUCCUGACGUGUCUCCUGCUCCUGACAUGUCUCCUGCAGCCUUGGUGAAAAUGCUUAGGGCAAAUACUUGAGAAUAAAGCAAGGAAAGGUUCUGUGUAUUGCACUGAAGAUAUUGCUGCUGGGUAGUAGCAGAAGCAAACAAGGUCAGACUGCUGCAGUGGGUCACCUUCAACCAAUGAAUGACUCGACUGGGCUCUGACUUGCAGCCAAAACCGUAGCACAAACUCCUCGGUGGGGGGUUAAAAGGUUGAAGUCUUGUUGCACAAUUUUGUAUUCAUUAAAAAAAAUAAGUUAUGGUGGCCCGCCAUGUUAACACGUAGCCCUCCAACAGUCCCACCCCCCACACAUCUUCAAGAACUGCUGGACCUGGUCUAUUGAACUCCUCACCCUCUGUCUAUUGCAGAUUCCUGCUCUUUUUAAGUGAAGGUAGGGUGGUGGGUGUGCUGGUUGGAGCUAGAGAAGUCUACAUGACGCCACCACUGAGGUCAAGUAAAGCCUGUUUACCUACUUUACUCUUCCAAUGUCCAUUUUUAAAAGAGCAGUAACGUUAUGAAACUGUCUUCUAUGAAGUACAGUGCAGCAACAUAUUUGGAUGCUUCCAGAGUAGGUCAACAAGUUGCUUUUGUUUUGAAAGAGCGUAUGCGAUCUCUGGAGCAAAAUAUGCAAGAUGUGCAUGUAGUAGUAGUAUACUUGAUGCUCUAUUGCAUCUAUUACAUUGGCCACACCAUGUGUUUUUAGUCUGACACACAGAGUUUCCUAUAAUUAUUCUCUGCAAAAAAAAAGCACUUUGUUUUCAACAUUACUGUCCCUUUAAAAUGCCCCAAUCAUAAUUAUGCCAGCCAUCUCAACACUUGGUGCUCUUAAGGCUUAUACUACGAUCAAAGGCAAAUUUAGACUGUGGCAUUGUAGAAAUUCUCAUGCUGCUAUUUUUUUUUCUUUUUGGUUUGGUUUGAGAAACAAACUACUACUAUUCUUGGCUUUAAAGCCAACCACCGCACCUACCCCCCUAAAACCACCGCUCAACCCAAGCAUAUCCUCUUCUUCCUGCGAUUGAUUGUAAAUAUUUGUCAUCACCGAUGACCAACGAACCUUCUGCUUGGACAUCCUUGACUUACAUCUAAACACUUAUUUCUUCCAGACAAGUUUUCCUUAACCACGUGAGGGUUUCUCUGAAGGUAGACUGUUACACACUGUGUGGUAUAUUUCUUGCUGUAGACAGUUUCUACUUUAACAUAGUUGUUGGUAUUGUAAUGCUGAAGGCCCUCUGAUGUUCUUCCAGUUGGUAAAAGACAUUAUUUAUUGAGACCGGUGUUGCUGCUGCUUGUUUUCUGCCGCUACCAUGUCAAUACUAUCUUGGACACCUUUCCAUUUUAUCUUAAGGGCUAUGAUUGGUGUUCUACAUGAGAAUUGCACAAUGAUUGACUUGGUGUGGGUCAUUUUUAGACAUUCACUCAUGAUCUCAAAUCUGUUUUCAGAACCCUGAUUGGGUGUUACAGCCCCACGCAUUGCCCCAUCAACCAUGCAGAGAUAAAACCAUGCAGAGAUAAAGCUUCUCCAUGAUGGCACUUGUAGAAUGUUGGCUUUGGCCUUUCUGUCCUUUCUAAUUCUUAUCUCAAACCUGGUUUAAGUCAUGUCAUCUGGACCUGUCUGGAAUACUCAACAUUUGGGAGAUGAGUUCCAUCUACGUUACUGUAUUUAAUGGUCAUAACCUCUUUAGAUCCACCUAGUUUGUGUGUGUCAACUUGAAGUUUACCUGCAACUGAAGAAGACCGGUGUAUUUAUUGACCUAGAUAACAUUACAUGCAGUAUUAAAGAGACGCCGGCAGUUGAAGUUACUUAGUCAAGGAAUACCAUUCCUAUAGUAGAAGAUGGCUAAUGUUUUACUGUUUUUUGAAAGACGUAGCUGAUCAGGGCUGUAUGGUCCAUGAUGUAGCCUCUGCGAAGGUUACUUUUUGGUCAUGGGGAUGGUAACUGAUAUGAAACUAUGUCUUACUUGUAAAAUUAGAUUUCAGAGAGUUGUAAUAUUUGUGCAUAUUUAUAUAUAUAUUUGAUGCCAACCAAGAUGCAGCCUUUUCUGACACCUAUAAAGAGAAGAAGCCUCCAUUCUUGUCCAGACCAUGCUCCUGUUCUACCAGCAAGAUUAUAAAGGCUGCCCCUGUUUCUCUGUGAUGCCUCGAUGACAUAUUUAUGAAUUUGUACAUAACUGCCUUUUGUAAAAUGGAUAUUUAUAUAUGUAUAUCAUGUCGGUGUAUUUGUUCAUGGCUUAACACUGUUUUCUAGGAUAUUUAAAAAAGAAAGAGAGCUUUGUAAUGUCUUAUUUAAAUAAAAUUAAUUUGUGUA